AUGAACCCUAUUUACAUCUAUGAUAAUCGAAAAAAAAGAUUAGUAUGCCUUCGUAUUGAAUCAGAUAAUAUACUUCGAAAAGAUUAUUUUUAUGGAACAUUUCCUGAAGCAACUGGUAUUAUGUUUCAUAACAAUGAACAUAAUUGUAUUGUAAGUAUACCAAGAGAUGAACAUGGUCAUUUCAAGUUUAAUUGGGAUUCCAAUGUCGUAUAUGAACUAAUCUAUCGUGAUGGAUCUCGAAACCGUUCGACUUCGCCUUCAUCAAAAAAAUCAACAAUUUGGAGUUGGUUAACAGAAAUUGGAAGUUACCUCAAAACUACAAACUCCACUCCUCAUUAUAAAAAAACAAUAUAA